AUGGGCACCCUCGAUGGCCUCACCGCCCACCUCCCCUCCGCCCUACGCGACCUCCCCCCGCUCUACAUAGCCUCAACCACCCUCAUCGCCCUCGCCUUGACGAUUUAUCUCUGGCUGUUCUACAUCGCGUAUGCGCGCAUCCCCUUUCGUAACCUGCCUGAUCCCGGACCCGGGCACUGGCUCCUGGGUCACGUACCAUCCUUCUUUGCCGCCGCGUCUGCCAACUCUUUCCACGUCGACUGGCACAAAGCCCACGGCCACACUCUCAAGUACCGAACCCAGCUCGGCUCCUAUGAGGUCUCCACCAUCGACCCCACCGCCAUUGCGUACAUCCUCAACCACCCCGAUAUGUUUGACAAACCACCUGCCGUGCGAAAGUGGUUACAAGCCAGGAUCGGUGGCUAUACUAUCUUUGCGACGUCUGGGGAUCAUCACAAGCAACAGAGAAAGGCUUUGGGUCCGAGUUUCACGCCAGCCGCCAUCAGGGAUCUCGUGCCAGUGUUCUACGACGUCGCUUACGAGCUCAAAGACAAGUUUCACACUCUGGUCGCUGGCAAAGACAAGACCAAACUCGCACCCUCCCCACCCAAGCCUAUUGACGCCGUUCCAGGCGGCGCAAAGAUCAACGUCCUCAAGUAUCUCAACAUGGCCACUUUGGACAGCAUGGGACUUACAGGGUUCGGAUACGCCUUCGACUCCUUGUCCGAAGAUGGCAAUGGGCAGAAGAACGAGUUUGCAGAGUCCUGUCGCGAGUUUGUCGCUGCUGCUACCCAAUUGACAAUGGUCGACUAUGUCAUUGAGCAGUACAUGUUUAAGAUUCCCUCGAAAAGGGAGAACUUCAUCAAGAGAAAAAGGCAACAGAUUCUCGAAUUUUCCACGAAGCUUGCCGAAGAAAAGAAACACGAUAUCUGGGAACAGACCUACGGAGAAGGUAUCGCGAAGAAGCAAGACGUUGGGAAAGACCUUCUUUCACUUCUCAUCAAAGCCAACAUUGCAUCCGACUUGACACAAGACGAGCGUUUGGACGAUCAAGAUGUCGCGGAUCAGAUUGAGACCUUUGCAAGUCUCAUUCUGCUUGCUGGAAGCGAGACGACUGCUGUAUCUGUGUCCACCUUCCUCCGUCUUCUCUCCAAGCACACCGACGUGCAAGAUCGACUUCGCAAAGAGCUCAUGUCGGUCACCGAAGACCGCCCUUCCCCGGAAACGCUGAACAACCUUCCCUACCUCGAAGCCGUCACCCGUGAAUGUCUCCGCCUCGCCCCCGCCGCUCCAUUCGUCUUUCGCAGCGCGGUCGAGCCCGUCAUCAUUCCCCUCGGCACACCCAUGAUUGGCAAAGAUGGCCAGCUGAUGACUGAAUUCACCAUGGAUACAGCCAGUCAGAUAUUCCUCCCCGUCCUCGCGAUCAACACAUCCACCACCCUUUGGGGCCCGGACGCCGAAACUUUCAACCCCGACCGCUUCCUCGACAGAUUUGCCGGAGUGAACCCCAAGAUACCAGGCAUCUACGGCAAUCUUUUGACCUUUUUGGGCGGUCCCCGUAACUGUAUCGGCUACCGAUUUGCUAUUCAGCAGAUCAAGAUUAUGUUGUUUGUCUUGUUGCGAAGCCACGAGUUUAGAGAGUUGAAGAGCGGGCCGGAGGCUUUGAUGAAGAUGUCGCCGGCGGUUCAACAUUUCAUCAAGGGCGAAGAGCACCUGGGCGCACAGAUUCCUUUGAUGGUCGUUCCGCUCGAAUGA